AUGAAGCAUAUCUAUCUAUAUCUUUUGAUAAAUUUGAUUUCCCAAUUUGGUAUUAAGUUCCAUGGGGUUCAAAAUUUGAUUGCUCAAAGUAUUGAAAUCUCUGAGGGGACAUCUGGAAUACAAAACACACAUACAAAACACUCAACUGAAUUUCUGGAAUCUAGAACAGAUAAAGCCAAAGAAUUUUGGGAAAAGAAUUGGAUUAUUACAGUUGCCAUUGAAUGUCAUGAGGAUUUUUGUGAUACAAGAUUUCAUAAGUCAUUGAUUGGUCAGAUAAAUGAAGUUCUGUUGUCAGAAGAAGGCACCUGGGCUAUACAGCUGAAUGACCUUUUUGAAAAGACAAAGCUAAAUGGACCAGAACAGGCUGUGCUUUUCCACACGCUAAAAAAGAUACCAAAUUUUUAUGAGCUUCCCUAUGAGGUGGUACUAGCAGUCUGGGAACAGUUGCGGAGAGUGUGGCAUACUAAGGAAGUUCCUGAAAAAGACAAAGACCUCUGGCGGUAUCAUGCUACUUUAGCUUUGGAUACCUAUGAUCAGCAAAUGAUAGCACAAAUAAGAUCACUCAAGCCUGGAAAGGGUUGGUGGGGUCUGAUUGAAUCAAGAAUCAACUUCUACAGGGAGUUUAUUGACUUCGUGGUUGCGCAAAGAGAGAUGGGCCUUCAUGGAUUUAGACUGGCAGGCAAUUGGUCUCCAGAAGAUCAAAAAGCUCUUUUUGUUUUCUGGAUAUCUAAUCGAGUGCUUUACUCAAGAAUGGAGCGCUCACCCAACUUACAGCUUGUAUUGGAAACCCAAAUGAUUCAGACCCGAUUGAUUCAAGCAGUUCAAGACCACCCUGACCAUUUGUUCCCUGUGCAAGAAGUUGAUCAAGAUGGCUGGAACAACAAGGCUCAAUCAAUUUUGAUCUCCCAAUCCCAAACUAUUUUGGAUUAUAUCAACUCCAUUGAAAGUUCUGACUUAUAUGAAUAUGACAUUAACAUUGAGUCAAAACAAAGUGAUUUAUCUGCCAUACGUUUCACAUCAACACAAAAGACAGUCAAGCCCUAUGGUUUGGAGGUAGAUCCAGUUUGGAAGGCACAGGACCAAAUGAAGAUCAUAAAGUUCUGGUCAACUUAUGUGCAGGUUUUCCUAAAAAUGAGAAACCUUGGGGAGACAGGCUCACUUGAGAUUGUGAUAGGAAACUUGGUGAAGAGAAAUUACAUGGAGACAGCUAGUAUCAUGAAGGAGUUUCUCAGUUACAUUGAAGAUGGAGUUCAUCCCCUGCAAACUAAUCCUAUCCUUGCCAGAUUUCUUGAGUACUUUUCUGCAAAAACUCAAUCUCCAGAACAAAACAAAGAAGCUCUUGAGGGUCUGAGAUUGUUCAGAAUUGAACAUGAAUUCUAG